AUGGAGUCCUGUAAUUUGGAGAACUUGAAUAUACAUGCCAAUGCGCGCGAAUUCAAAGACUAUCUUGAACGAUUCGAGAUUUGGUGUAAUACGCGUAAAGGACCCGAUGGAGAACGAAAAACGGUUUAUUUCCUAACGGUCAUUGGAAAGGAUGCAUACUCAUUGUUGAAGGAUUUGGCAUUUCCUGACUCUCAUAUAUCGUUAUCGUAUGAAUCCCUGAAUAGCUUGCUGCUGAAGUAUCUACAGCCGGCUAAUUUCGAAGCCACUGAACGAGCUAAAUUUCAUUCACUCACACGCGGUGGAAGCCAACCUGAACGUGACUUUAUUCUUCAACUUCAGAUGGAAGCAUCUCGUUUCAAUUUCGGAGAUCAAUUGCAAACCCAGCUAUGUGAUCGAUUAAUUGCCGGUAUUAAUUGCCCGGAAUUACAGCAAAAGCUCCUGCUCAUGCACGAUAGCACAUUUUGA